CUUUUUGUGAAAAUUGUCGCAAUGGAUGAAGAAUAUUGUGAAGGACUGCUUUUGUAUUUUUUUUACGUGCAAAUUUCCUAUCACAGAUUUCCUUGGAUUUCCCUAUUGACGGGUUUGUUUACAGAAUCGUGACGUCAAAACAGAAGACGAACUGGCCAGUUAGCUAUUGUUUCAUGGAGCCGCAACAGAAAAACAAAUUUUUGACAUCCCUGCCCUACUUCUUAGAAAAUGGAUGAUUCCAUAACGGAAUCUGGCAACACCGAGCUUUAAGAUAAAGGAAUCUAGAGCAAUUGAAAGAAAUCUGUUCAGGAAAUUAAUCGUAUGGGUUAAAUCAUUUCACGAUAGAUGGCGCCACCGAUGCUUCCCAGGACCAGGAAGACCCGCCUCCUACAUUUUGAACACGUUUUUUGUCUCGUAAUUUGCAGCAAAAUCGGUGGAAUUUCUUGGAAAAACGCAAUAAAAAUUAACGUUUACUACAAACUAUUCUCUAAUAGUGCGGUAUAAUCUAGAAAAUCGCGAAAAACAAGAAUUUUCCGUAAAAUGUAUUGAUGUGAUAUUAAAAUCGAAUGACUCAAAACGGAAAUCGCAUUUGCUCCUGUGCCCGUCUGUCACGGAGCGCACGCGCUUGCUGUCAUUUGAAAAACUUGAAGUAAACCCAAAAUGGCCGCGGAGUGUAGUGUUGAGUGCGUCGUUGCCCCGUUUUUAAAAAGGAAAGUCGCCAUUGUUGUCCAAUAAAACUGACCAAAGGAGUCGUUCAAAAGCAUUUCCGAGUUUGCCGAGUAUUUGAAGACGUUUCGGUUCCGUUUAGUGGCUUUUCGAAGCAAAUUCCGGUCCUGUAACAGUGUUUAAAAGUGGUGCAAUGUUUGUUGUACGAGUAUUUGUGCUUCUUGGACUUGGCGGCAAUGAUGGCAGCGGUGCUCUUUAGGCAAAAAAUGUUUAUCGGCGUUUCAUAAGCUUCGCCUCCGUCUUGGCGUCACGUGGGAGUGUUUCGUUUCAAAUACCUACUUGUCUGUUAUCGAAAAAUGUGUUACAUUACCGGAAAAAUCAAUUUUUAUGUACUCCUCUUGUGAGUAAUAACAUAACUGGCGAUAAUGGAAUAGGGGCGCAUUAAUUUCACUGUUGAACUUGUAUGUUUUCAGGCGGCUAAUUUACCGGUCCGAAUUUUUUAAGCCUGUGCUUCAUGAACAAAAAACGUAUUUAGAUUAGUGAAAUGCUUAUGGUGAAUUAAAAAAUAAAACUGGAUGAAUGGGAUUACGUACGGCCUCGGUGGGGUGUCCCAAUGUGGUCAUGGCCCCAGCUCUAACUGACGCAACCCAAUCUCAAAAUUUUAAUUCACCUACCAGUCGUUGUCAAUCUCCGAUAAACAAAUUUGAGACAAUUGUUUAUUCGCCUGCUGCUGUGAAAAAGUGUCUAAGCCCUCUAAACACCGAUGAUUUAACCACUUCUUUGGAGCCCCUAAGUUUAUAUCAGAAAACGACUCAAAUUGAACUCUAUUUAACUGAGUUAAACUGUGCCUCGGAAAAAAAACCUUUCAAUAAUAUGAACUCGCCACCUAUGGGUGAUCAAGAAUUACAAGAAGACAAAAUGGGUCUACAAAAAACAGGAUUAAAUGUAAAUAAUAAGCUGAGAAAUAAUAGUGAUGUUGUGGAUCUUUUCAGCUCUAAUCUAGAGGCUAAUGUAGAAGACCUGAUGCAACAGGUAAUCAAAUCAAUUGAAAAUAAUGAUCAGCUUAACAGUUCUUCUGAUCUUACUGAAGUAUUGGACAAUAUAAACAUCGACAAAGAUCUUUUAGAGCAAGUGGAUAGCAUUAUAAAUAUCUCAAUGCCUGAUCAACCAGAUGACCUGGAAGCUGCUCAAAGAAUAAAAGAAAAUCAAACCACAGCUUUAUUAACUGACUCUGAAACUACACACCACAAGUUAAAACGGAGAUUAGCCUUCCUUAGAAGACGCGCAAACAUUAUAUCCUCAAAACUAUACGCAGCACAAGUUAGCUGUGAAUUUGUAGGUGUCUUUGAACGAAUCAAUGGAUCAGUGAAAAAAACAAAAAGUCUACCAGAAGUUUAUCCUUAUGAAAACAAACCCCUUCAGGUACAAGCUGCCAAAGCAUUAAUAAAAAAAAUUGAAGUUGCAAAAGAGGUGCAAGCCAAUGCUGUGGCAAGACAAAAAAAUGUGCCCAAAUACUUUGGUUCGGGUUCCCUUGAAGUGACCAUCCCUCGACCCAAUAAUAAUGUGAAUAUUCCCGAGUGGCCGGACACAGACAAACAAGAGCUGACCAAAGUAACUGAGCAACUUCAAAAUCAGCUUCAUUUUUUGCAAAAUCAAGUGGAUUCUGAAGCUACGGAUAGUAGUUCAGAUGCUGAAAGCUGUGACGAAUUGGAGGUCUAUGAUAAUCCCCAUCAACAAUACCUGACCAUACAAAAAAGGGCACUUUGGAAGUAUUCGAAGAAAAGAGCAGCUCUAGCGUCUCGAUGGACAUGGCUCCAGUCUCAAAUCACAGAUCUCGAUCACAGAAUCAAGCAGCACACCGAAUUGUUUAAAAAAACUCGGUUGACCAAGGGCAAAGUGCAGUUAGGGGAUUACGUUAUACGUCAGCAACACGUACUUUCCGAAUCUGAAAUUGCAGGACAUCAUGAUUAUGGAUCAGCCAUUUUAGAGAGUACAAGUUUACCAGUGAACGGAUAUUUAGGGCAAUUACCAGGAGCGACUGGUAAAGCAGCUGAAGAUAAAUGCGGGUGUUGUGCUAGAACAAGACCACUGAUCAACUUUAAAAAGAGACGUGCUUUUCAGCUUUCUGGUCUUCAUGCGAUAUCCAAAAAAGCAGCACGUCCUAGUACGGUUCGAUGUAGUUGUGUGGAAUCUCAAACCCCGUGCGCCCUUUGUACAGGUCGAGUGGAUCCCACACAUCCGCGAGAUAUUCCCGACAUUUUGGAUAAAGCGGAAAAGGUGGCUUUAUUGGAUCCCUGUUUUCAUCCUGUUUUAUCUUUGCCUGAAGAUACUUCUCAUGCAUUACACCUUGAAGCGAUCAUGAAAAUGCCCGAAUGGCAAUUUAAAAGUUUAAAAAUGAAGACUACAAAAGUGUUGCAAAAACCUGAAAGGCUCCAGCCUAGGGCUUAUGAGCAUAGAACGGAAAAGCUGGAGCAUCGAAAAAAGUAUCAGCGGUUGGAUUCGAGUAAUAACUCUGCUUCAGGUCUAUCUGAAAAGGUAAAAAAGAAGCGAAAAGUGGGUCGACCGGCGAAAUACAAGAAAGUCAUAAAUCCAUUUCACAAAAGUGAGGCUGCUCGCGAAGACGCAGAAGUAGAACCUGCAAUUGCUGGCGGAAGCAGAGAGUUGAGAAGUAGGAGGCCAUCUGUGACGCUUGAUUCGCGGAGUGGAUCUCCUUUGCUUCAAAUGCAGUCAAUAUCUGGAUUCAAACAGAAUCAUCGCUUAAGCCGAGUGGAUUCUUACGAUAUUGACAAUAUUGUGAUACCCUAUAGUGUAGCAGCUUCAACACGUGUCGAAAAACUACAGUAUAAAGAAAUAUUAACACCAAAAUGGAGGAUACUUGAAGACGACUUGUACAUAAAAAGCGAAGUAAAAAACAAUGGAAGUGUCGGCAUUAGUGAUUAUAUGGAGGAUAGUGAUAAGGAAGAUCUAGCGGACGAAGCUGUGAUAGCGCGCCACGAUCGUAGCGAGCAGGAAGAAAAAAAACGUUUCCUCAGCUACAUGAAGUUCCCCCUGGGCAGCAGACAAAGGUCCCAUAAACGUCAAGACAGUAUGGCGGAGUCUUCUGGAGCCAACACUCCUGAUCGAGCCAGCCCUCGUCCCGAGAGUGGGAAGAGUGGUCUCUCUAUGGCUGAUGGUGGCGUAGGUUCGUCACUUUUCAUGGCUUCCCCGCCCCCCACGCCUGGAUUUUCGUCUGAGGAGCCUUUACCCUCCAUUGCAAUGAUGCGCAGACGAACGGUGUCUCAGUCGCGUCUCAGGGAGGUGGUGAGAGAGGAUGAACCUAUAAUGGAUUAUGUUGAGCAACCUCCAUAUGAAUCACGAGCGUUUCCACUUCCUGACAAGGAAUACGAUCUAUUAAUCAAAGAUAUGCCAGAAUCCAAUCGUGAACUCAAGACAAAUUAUAGAGCACAAGAUAUUGGCGAUGAUACUCUCAAUAAAACUGAUGAUGAUCCUGCCUGCGAAGAAGACGUAAAGCCAGAUUUCCCGGAUUCAGCGGAUAGCGAGUCCACCGAGUCUGCUAUAGGCGAAGAUGCUAUGAUGGAUUUGGACUAUGAAGAGGAAGAAAAUAUAAUGGAGGACGAAGAGGAGGAUGAGGAGGAUCCAAACGAUCCGGAAUGGACUGACGUUGAAAAAACGCCCCAAAGAGAUAGACACUACAGACACAGACACCACCGAAGGUAGAUUCUAUGAAAUAGGUCUCAACCGAUUCCAUUGCCGCACCUGUAAAUAUGCCCAUAGGCAUUGGAGGUAGGGCGUUGUAUUAUAAACAUUACUUUUACCCUAAUGGAGUAUGAAAUAUCUUAUUUAAGAAAUAGGUUACAUUUGGCAAACAUUACUUUCUAGCCGAAUCUAAGAUGUUUUUGUUUUUGUGAACUAUAGAAUAAUCUUAGCAUACUUAUUAUUGUAUUGUUGCGACCAGCAAGUCUGUGAUUAACAAUUUAAGUUGUUUAGUUGCUAGUACUUCUAUGUAGGUGGUUUCUGAUGCUGUGGACGGGUUGGUAAAUAUUUAUUUCCAUAAAAAAAAACACUUUACUUUUCUUUGUCAAUAAAUUGUUUUGAAUAUUUGCCAUCCCGUCUGGUUUCUCUAUUAAGUUUUUUCGGUACAAAGAAACAUGUUUUUAUUGGAUAAGUUUGUCAGUUUAGUUUUUAAUUAAAUUAGUCCUUUAUUU